AUGAAACGGAAAAACUCUUUAUUCAAGAAACCUAGGAAGGGUCAGGAGUACCAGAGCAAAGCGAUGAAAAAGAAGCUUAAACAGGAACUCGCCAAACGGCCGCCUCCGACGCGGUAUCAGAAAAACAUCAAACAUAUUGAACGUGGCCACGAGUCGAUUCAGGCCCAGAAACGACAGAUAGAAGCAGAACGGCAGUAUCGAAAUGAAGCCAAUUCCAUGGUGCCGCUUGUUUCCAGCGAUUCGGAAGAUGACGAGGAUAACUGUAAAAUCAAUUCGUUCGAGAAUUUGUCACAAAAUUUUAGGCUUCAUCCAGACUCGCCAGGCUAUGACAGCGCGGAGGAAACUGGUUCCGAUGAGCAGGAAAUGGUCGUCUCCAGCGAUGAUGCCGGAGACAAUGAAGAAGAUGCCGGAGAAGGUGAUGAAGAAGUCGACGUAGAGCAGGAAGUGGAUAUGUCGGACACAGACGAGACCGAUAUGGAUGAUGGAGCCGGCAACAGCAGCGACAGCGAAUCCGAAUCGAUAGGACACCCCAGCCAAAGUGAGGAAGAGCACGAUAGCGGAGCGUCUUCAGACGAUGAAGAGAGUGCCGAAGAAAUGAACGACCCUUUCUUGCUGCACACCAACUCCAACCUUAGUCCCGCAAUGGUAGAAGCGAUAGCUGCGAAUCCAAAAUCACUCGAAAAGACAACGGUUCCCUUCGGCAGUCUGGGAACACUGUGCAUCGAGCUGCCCACAUGUCCGAAAGAGAGCAUUCCGCGACGCAUGCUUCAGAAGGAGAGGUACGCCAAACCUGGCGAGCUGCCUGUCGUACCGGAAGAAGGUCCUGUCGAUUGGGCAGCGCUAUAUGUGAAAGAUAGGAUAGCUCGCAACAUCCCGGAAGAAGUGGAUCCAUUGCAACGGGACACGUUCGCUUUGUUGAACAACUAUCAGGAUCUUUUUUAUGCGCGGCGUACUCACGAUAACGGCGACCAGUUGCGUUUCAGCUAUUGCCUGCACGCGCUCAACCACGUGUUGAAGGCGGUGAGCAAAGUGCAACAUCACACCGUCAAGCUAGCCGCCAGCAAAUCGACCUCAAAGCCAAAACAGAACCGAUACGCCCGGCGACCGCAGGUUCAGUCGAUCCGCGUCCCGCAGUCCGGUGUGGAAUAUCGCGAUCAAGGCUACGUUCGACCGAAGGUCCUGAUCGUGGUGCCGUUCCGCGAAUCCGCGCUCCAAGUCGUGAACGUGCUGGUGCAGUUGUUCGCUGGUGACAACACGAAGGCGGUGGCCAAUUACAAGCGGUUCACCGACGAAUACGGAGGUGGUUCGACACUGAGUUUUCCGCAGCGCAACCGCAAGCCGUUGGACUACGAGCGCACGUUUGCGGGCAACAUCGACGACAACUUUCGCCUCGGAAUCGCCGUCAACCGAUCGUCGAUGAAGCUGUACGCGAAGUACUACUCAUCCGACGUGAUCGUGGCGUCUCCACUCGGACUGCGUAUGGCGAUCGGUGCCAAAGGCGAGCAACAUCGCGACUAUGAUUUUCUGGCUAACAUCGAACUGCUUGUCAUCGACCAGGCAGAUGUGUGCUAUGCUCAGAACUGGGAGCACGUGCUGCACGUCAUGGAACACCUGCACCAACAACCGAGCAGUACCGAGCACACGGAGUUUUCGCGUGUCCGCGAGUGGUGCCUAAAUGGGUGGUCCAAGUUCUACCGCCAGACUGUGGUGCUUUCGACGCUGGAUCUACCGGAGAUACGCGCUCUGUACAGUCGACAGUUUGAUAACUACCGGGGUAAGGCGCGCACGCUUGGAUUCGUAGCCGAAGGUACCAUCCGCAACGUUGCGGUGCAAGUGCCGCAGAAUUUCCAGCGCAUCGAUACGACACAACUUGAAAGCGAGGGAAACGCCCGGUUUGCGCACUUUAUCAAUGUUAUCCUCCCACAGGCUCGCUCUGUGGCUAUGGGGCGCUGCCUGAUAUACGUGCCCAGCUAUUUCGACUUCGUGCGGCUACGCAACCACUUCAAACUGGAGGAAAUCAGCUUCACGCAGAUCUGCGAGUACACCACCGACGCUAAGAUAGCGCGAGCUCGGGAUAUGUUCCACCACGGCAGCAAGCAUUUUCUGUUGUACUCCGAGCGGGCGCACUUCUUUCGACGGCACCGCAUUAAGGGCAUCCGGCAUCUCAUCAUGUACGGGCCGCCCGUAUUUCCACAGUUCUACCCGGAGAUGGUGAACCUCAUGGCCAAGGAGAACCAAAAUCGCAUGGACGGUGUCGCGGCUGAGUCUAUGACCGUGACCGUGUUGUACACCCGCUUCAACAUGCAGCAGCUCUCCGAAAUAUUGGGCACGAAAUGCGCGCAAACCAUCAUGAAAGCCCCACGAUCUGUCUACCGCUUUUCAACAGACCUAAAAUGAGCAUUUCGUUCAUUUUUUGAGAAACAGGCUUUAUGAUUUUUGUAUAAGUGCCUAA